AUGCCUAAGGAUAAACAACGUAGGGUUCUCACCCUUAAAGAAAGAUUAGAUGUUCUUCGCCGAGUUGGAGGAGGGAGGUCGUGCCGGGCUGUCGCUACGGAGCUAAAAGUUGGUAAAACCCAGAUUCAGAACAUUAUCAAGGAAAAAGAGAGCUUACUCAAACAAUGGGCCGAAGGAGGUAACUCUCAAAGGAAGUACACAAAGCCUAGGCGUUCUCCGUUUGACGAACUUGAUGUUGUCGUGUGGGAAUGGUUUGUAAGGGCUCGUGCUAAAAACAUUCCCGUAAGCGGGCGCAUACUUCAGGAGCGAGCAAAGCAAUAUUCUGUAGAAUUAGGCUACGACUCUUUUACCGCGUCUAACGGAUGGCUGCAAAGAUGGCAGAAGCGACAUAACGUCAAAAUGGCAGUCCUGUCCGGGGAAGGCGCGGACGUCGAUGAAAACGUAGUUUCCGACUGGAAGGAAAGACUGGAAACAAUAUGUGAGGGAUACGAAUUAGGCAACAUCUUCAACGCUGAUGAAACUGGACUUUUCUUCCGAGCUCUGCCUACUCGAUCAUUAGUUCACGCCGCGAAAGAUGAACAAGCGAAAGGCGGGAAAAAGGCAAAAGAGCGAGUGUCAGUUCUCCUUGCGUGUUCCGCCACUGGGGAGAAACUCAGGCCUCUUGUCAUUGGUCGAAGCGCAAAGCCGCGGUGCUUUAAAGGACUUGCCAGCACAGCAUGUCUUCCUGUGGAUUACCGCAGCAAUAGACGAGCGUGGAUGACGAGCAAACUCUUUGAAGAAUGGCUAGAUAAGCUGAAUCAGAGUAUGCAACAACAAGGUCGUUCCAUUUUGCUUCUUGUUGACAACUGCAGCGCGCACCCUGAUGUUCAUCGCUCCAACGUCAAAUUGGUUUUUCUCCCGCCAAACACCACUUCCAAGUUGCAACCAUGCGACGCGGGCAUAAUUCAGGCAGUGAAAUUAGUGUAUCGAAAGAAGUUGCUCCGUCGGGUUAUAAGUCUCAUGGACGAUGCUGCUUCUGCAACAGAAAUAUGCAAGGCUGUAAACGUUCUUGACGCCAUAAUGUGGCUCAAGUGUGCCUGGGAUGCCGUGAGCAACGUCACAAUUCAAAAAUGCUUUUCGAAGUGUGGUUUCCCUGUUACUCCAGGGACGCUUUCUGACAAUCGUGGCGAAAAUGACGAAACUGAAUCCACUGAUGAAGAAUUGGUGUCUCUCCUUCCUGGAAUUGACAUCGGAUGGGACGAAUACGCAGAAUGCGACAACGAGCUUCCUACAUGCGAAACGAUUGAAGAUGGUUGGGAAGUGAACCUUAUCGCGGAUCUCAGAGAGGAAGAGCAGGACGAAGAAGACGGCGAUCUAGAAGACGAGGAUGACGAUGAGCAAGCAAGCGACGACAAUGGUACAGCAAAUAGGAAUGUCAUUAGCGAGGAAUCUGCAGCUUUGGCGCUUCGUCAUUUGCGCGAUUUUUCGGUUGCUCAGGGAAACGCUUAUUUGCUAGAUCUAGUAUGCAAAAGUCAAUCAGUUGUUGACAGGAUUCUCGUUGCAAAGCGACUUAAAGCUAAGCAGACUAAGAUUACUUCAUUUUUCUUGCUGACGGAUCACCAACUAGAUGCCGGUGGCCUCCAAGUGAAAGCGAGAAUGGUGUGGGUAUGUAUGAAAAAGUAUCUUGAGAAGAAGCGGCAUCACAAGGCAGCUUAUAAGUCUGAAGUUGACGGUUAUGCAGAAGAGGAUAAUCGGAGACCUAAAAAGUUUGAUUUGGCUACACAACCCAUCAAUCCAUCAAAAUGA